UAAGCGGUCUAGAGGAGAAUUCAUGAAGCAGCAGAAAGAUAAUAAACCGAGUGCCUUUAUUUUAUUUGUGCAAGAAUGGCGCAAAAGCAGGAGUACGAAUCUGCAAUGGGAUAUAUGCAUUCACCUUGCGGGUCCCGCUUGGAAGAACAUGACGUUGGAGGAUCGACAACCCUAUAUAAAUAAAGCGCUUCAGUUGCGCACGAUCACUACAGGGAAUGAGAUAUACACUGCUGAAGAGCGGAUUGAUAUCGGUCCAGAGCAGAAGCUCCGCUCCAUGCAACAACAAAUAGAAGAGCUGGUGCGAGACAGUGUCGAACGGAAAGAAUUGAAGACCCACAACUAUUAUUUUGUGACCGUUAAUUACUUUGCCAAGGACAUCUACACUCCCGCAGAGCUAGCCAGUGCUGAAUUUUCUCUGCAGGAAGGUGUCCAGAAUGUCUAUCACACUCUUAUCAAUCCUGGCUCUGCUGUCUACGGUUCCCUGUCUGAGACCCAGGAACAUGCGAAUGCCACACAUCAGUUACCUGUACCACCAAAUGCGCUGGGCAAUGAAGAUAUUGAAGGAGUUUACGCCAACUUAUUGGAUUUUGUGCGGACAGGACUUGUCUUCACGCUGCAGGAUCAUUUACAAAUUGUCAACAAUGCUCUCAAGUUUCUUAGGGGGGGUGUGGCCAGUCAGCUGAAAGUUUACCCUAUAGAAUAUCUGUUCUACUUUUUGAAGAAAGUGACUUCUCAAGAGUCUAUGCAUAUAAGAGAUGUGCAAUUUCAACUGGAUCGACAUGAACUACUCCCGAAUAUCAGUUGUGAGUUCCAUGAGCAACGUGGUCUUAUCAAUCAUUGUGCUAAAUCUCUUGUCACACGAUGGGCAUUCAAGUUUGCCGAGAAUUUAUGCUUGGAUUUGGAUAUUACAAUGCGUCCGAAUCGUCACAUUCCAGGCAACUUAAUAAUAUGUAAAAAAGAAAAGGAAGAAGAAUCAAACUAUCCACCUAUAAAAGUAGAACCAAUAAUUAACGAACAUCAGUUUAACCCAGACGUGUUGGAUGCACUUAAUAGCCUUGAUUGGGAUAAUAUUUUUGAGGAUGAUGAUUGCUUGGAUUCGGACUCUAGUAGUAACGAGGAACCGGAAAUUGCUACGGACUGUUAUAAGACUAUGCAAGCUGAAGACAGCACAGAAGAUGGAGAGAUUUCGUCAGAUAUAGAAUUUAUUGAUAUAGUUCCAGCACCGCCAACGUCUGUAUGCAUUGCUGAAGAGACCUUAUUUUCGAGACAAUCUGAACCGCAGGACAAUAAGAAUAAUUACGAAAAAAAUUAUGAAAGCCACAAACAUACCGCUAUAAACAACCACAUGAUUACUUUAGAAAACCCUCUGAAAAACAUUGAAUCAGCGAAAAAUGUAUAUCAAAAAAGGAGCAUCUCCCCCAAAAGAAUUUCUACAAGGAAAAGUGUCGAAUUCCACCGUGGAAAAUGUAUAUCACCUAAAAGGCGCAAUGAAUCAGAAAGUUCUGAAAAUAGACAUAGUAAAAGAAUCGGUUUCCCUAGUUUAAUAAGAAGAAAUCGUUGGCGUUCUAGAUCACGCUCACGAAGUCGUGUCGCAUCACGCCAUAGAAAAUGUUUAUCACCUAAGAGGCGCGAUGAAUCAGAUAGUUCUCAAAAUAGAUAUCGUACAAGAAUCUGUUCACCUAGAUCGAAUAGAGAAAAUUGUUGGCGUUCUAAAUCACGGUCACGAGGUUGUGUCGGAUCAAACCAUAAAAAAUGUUUACCACCUAAGAGGCGCGAUGAAUCAGAUAGUUCUCAAAACAGACAUCGUAAAAGAAUCUGUUCACCUAGAUCGAAUAGAGAAAAUCGUUCGCGCUCUAAAUCACGCUCUCGAAGUGGUAAUAACCAAGGAGGACACAGACAAUCCAGCUCUAAAAAUCGAAAUAUUUCUCCAAAUCGAUUCGGAGUUAAUAAAGUUUCACACGACGGAAGUGUUUCACCCAAAAGCAGACGUAGAGAUUAUAUCAGAUUGGGUCGCAUUCCCUCAUAUAGUCCGAGCAGAAGAACCAGAGAGCGAGUGUCACAUGUGAAUCCUUCAAGUCCGAAGAGACAUUCCCCCCACCAAUAUUUUAGAAGUAGCAGUCGACUCUGUGAACAAAAAUCAAAUUCGCCUGAGAUAUCAUAUAGACGUAAUGGAAAAUAUGUUACCAAAAGACAUUAUUCCCGAGAAAAUUCUACUACGGAUAACAUAAUAGAAACUACAGACAAGCAUACUAGUACACCUCCAAGUAUCACUUUACCCAAUGAUACACUUCGAAAAUCGUGUUCACAAUUAGUUGAAAGUCAAGAAUCAAUUUCAACAAUUAUUACGACGGGUAGUGGUAAAAGAGUGGAGGAAACAUCUCAUCAAAGACCGGUAUCAAUACCAACAUUAAUAGGUCGAGCUACACACCAUUAUGAGCCAAUCAAUACUUAUAAAUAUGGGACUCCACCAAGAACUUAUUAUGAUGAGAAUGGGCAACAUGAACCCUUAUUACUACCUCAUGAUUUGCGCCACCGAUUGGGAAUGGCAAGGUCCAAUUAUAUCUCGCCGUAUGACUUGCGUUGUCGAAUACAAGAACGACAGUUCUUUUUACCCCAAAGUGAGACGGUCGGUUAUUCCCAGGAACAAUUCCUCGACUAUGGAAACAAUCGACCGACCUGGGUUAGUUUCCAAUUGUCGCAAUGGCACAAUGGAUACGAUAACUUUGUACCCAACCCUUACUAAUAGAUAUAAGAAAUGUCCCUCUAGGGUUAUAAGCUGCAUUUUGUAUCAAUUUGAAAAAAUUAUUAUUUUUUUUUUGAAUAGUUUAUAUAUAAAAUCUACAUUGUAGAUGUAGUAAAUAAGUAUUAUCGAAUUACAUUGGUAUUACCUUUAUUCUGUUUAAUGUA